AUGGAAAAAUGUUCACCAAGCAUUGCUCCAAUUCAGAAAGGGGACAAGUUUAGCCUUAAGCAAUGCCCACAAAAUGAAUUGGAGCGGAAGGGCAUGGAAAGAAUUCCUUAUGCAUCCGCUGUAGGAAGUUUGGUUUAUGCACAAACUUGUACAAGACCAGACAUCAGUUUUGCGGUUGGAAUGUUAGGAAGAUACCAAAGCAAUCCAGGAAUGGAUCAUUGGAAAGCUACAAAGAAGGUGAUGAGGUAUCUACAAGGAACAAAGGAGUAUAUGCUCACAUAUAGGAGAUCUGAUAACCUUGAGGUAGUUGGUUAUUCAGACUCUGAUCUUGGUGGUUGUCUAGAUACUGGAAAAUCAACUUCUGGUUACUUGUUCCUACUAGCUGGAGGGGCAGUUUCAUGGAGAAGUGCAAAGCAAACUUGUAUCACUACAUCUACCAUGCAAGCUGAGUUUGUGGCAGUCUUUGAGGCCACUACUCAUGCAUUGUGGUUGCGAAAUUUUAUCUCAGGGCUUAGUGUUGUCGACAGUAUUGCUAGGCCACUGAGAAUUCAUUGUGACAACACCGCAGUUGUAUUCUUCUCCAAAAAUGAUAGGUAUUCUCAAGGUUCUAAACGAAUUAAUCUAGAAUACCUUGCCAUGAAGGAGGAUGUUCAGAAACAAAGAGUGUCUAUUGUUAACAUAGGAACAAAACUCAUGAUUGCAGACCCACUUACAAAAGGGUUAGGACCAAAGGCAUUCAUUGAUCAUGCUGAAAGAAUGGGUCUUUGUCAUAACCCAUGA